AUGCCCCUCUCUAUGGACUCUAUUCCUCAUUAUACUCUUACCGAAGUCGUCGUCGUCGGGAUCGUCGCAGAGGUCUUGCUCUACGGCCUUAUUUCACUCUACAAUGGCCGUAAGCAACUCACUCCUGUUGUCCCUCACUCCCAUCUUGUGGCCUCGUUACCGAGAAGCAAACUGUGUCUGAAACACCUUAUUGCCUACGGGAUGGCAUUUAUCUUCCGUUCAGUGGAAAGGCUCGUAAAAGCUCCGAUGACAGAGCGCGUAUGCGUGUUCGACCGCGAAACCGAGGUUAGCCAUGGAAAACCAAACUCAGCUUUAUUCAGGAAUGGUUAUCACCGGCAACGUCCUAGUCGACAAACAUCACCUCGAGGCAGUCGGAAAUCCCAUCAUCGAUCGCUCUCUCCCUUCUCAGCCCUCACAUGCACCGAAGAUACACCUCACCCUUACACUUCUGCCUAUGCCGAACUUGCCCUGAACGCUCGAAAACACUCUCAUUCGACCCUCCCCAAGUGGGGUGAUGGCUGCCCCCGCAAUGGGCGAAACAUACAACCGGCUGAGAUCUGGGACAUUAUCGACCGAUUCGCAUACGCUUCAUACACUCUUUUCCUCGCUGGGUUCGACGGAGUCCAACUACAUGCUGCACAUGGAUACUUGCUUACUCAGUUCCUGUCGCCUCUGACUAACCUCCGCACCGAUGCGUGGGGGGGCGCGCUGGAGGGUCGAGCAAAGAUUAUGCUAGAGAUCGUCAACGCCAUCAGAUGCCGAUGCCCUUCUUCAUUCAGCAUUUCCGUGAAGCUUAAUAGCCAGGACUUCUUGGUCGGAGGUUUUACUGCCGAUGAUAGUCUGGCGUUGUGCGUUCUGCUUGAACAACAUAAUGUUGAUUUCGUUGAAAUCUCGGGUGGAACUUAUGACUCAAUGCUUGAUGCAUUUACUCACUCACGCGAGUCAACUCGAAAGCGCGAGGCUUAUUUCAUCGAAUUUUCGGAAAAGCUCCGUCGGCAGUUGACUAACACCAAGGUUGUGCUCACUGGUGGCUUCAAGACUGCUGGUGGGAUGGCACAAGCUAUCGAUGAUGGAGCUUGUGACUUCGUUGGCCUGGCGCGUACUACAGCUGCAGAGCCCCGUAUUGGUGCCUCUAUUCUUGCAACUCGUACGACUAGAGCACGUCCUACACUCAUUCCAGACCACAUUGGUCUCCAAACUGGAGCUGCGUUUGUGCAGAUCAAAGAUAUUGGCGAAGGCCGUGAGGCUACCGAUUUCUCUAAGCCUGAAGAGGCCACAAAAUUCUUGACAGCUCUGGGAAUUGUUGCCUAA